AUGCACUAAGCGAGAAUAUGUGGAAGUGACAGUCAAAUAUAGAUCAUUAACAUAAGUGGUCUGUAUGCUUCUUGCUCUGUUGUACAUUCUUUCUAGAUUCUAGAACUUCUUUCUAGAUGUUCUUGUUUAAUUUAAUUUAUUGUUAUAUCUAUAGAUUUCACGUUAAAUUGAUUCCACCUUAUUGGAUUGGAUUGCAUGAUGGAUUGGCUGGAUUGCACGAAAAUUUGAUAGUCAGUUUGAUACUUUAACCAUGUCACAGUAUUGUUAACUCAGAUAAUGUGACAGGAUGGAGAAUGUUACAACUGCAAAUGUAGAUCCCAUCUGCUGGUGAUGGAACCCUGUGAGAGCUCUACAAAGUAUAUCUCGUGUAUGUGUAGAUGCUGACUUGACUGAAUUUGCUGUAAGAAAUAUGGCAAGAUAAAAAGCACGUGUAAUGCCAAAUGUACCAAUUAAUCAGACACCUGAGUAUCAUAAACUAACCUCACAGCAGGGAUGUAGUUAGACACUGGGUUGUAUUCUACUGCCAGCACACCAGUCCAUUCAGAGUAUUACCAGUUGGUCUGGUGUUCAGGAUCUGGUUGCCAUGGUGACAGCCAGCAGACAGGUAUGUGAAAGGAAACACUUGUUACUACUCUUUAGUCUCUCUACUGCAGUUUCCCUGUCAUGCUCUUAGCUGACCUGAAAUACAGAUAGCAAUCUUUUGAGCAUUUUAUUCUGAUUAGCAGCUGCUUCAUCAUAAUGUUUAGAGAAAGUUAAUGAAAGUGUAUAGAUGUCUGGAUAUAGCUAAGGUCUAGGAUAACACCGAAGAGACAAAGUGACUGAGACGAAGGAAAAGGGAUGCCAGAGAGAGUUUGUCUGUUUCAUGGUCAAAACUAUCACAAGCUGAAGCGAGCAUGUUUGAGGCAUGGAGCACUUUUUAAAGACCCACACUUCCCUGCCUGUACUCAGUCAUUGUUCUACAAAAGAACACCUCCUCCAGGUCUCACGUGGAAAAGACCACGGGAAAUGUGUAAAGACCCACGACUUUUUGUGGAUGGAAUCAGUACCCGAGAUCUGCACCAGGGCAGUCUGGGUAACUGCUGGAUGGUGGCAGCUACUUCCUGUCUUGCAACAGAGCCAUCACUUUGGAAGAAGGUCAUCCCAGAUCACAAGGAACAGGAGUGGAACCCCAAGUGUCCAUACCUAUAUGCAGGAAUUUUUCACUUCCGCUUCUGGCGUUUGGGUCAGUGGAUGGAUGUGGUGGUGGAUGACCGCUUACCGGUCAGUGAAGAUGGAACUCUGCUCUUCUGUCGCUCAGCCACACCACGGGAGUUUUGGAGUGCCCUGCUGGAGAAAGCUUAUGCCAAGCUCAAUGGCUGUUAUGAAGCCUUGGAGGGAGGAAACACUGCAGAAGCUCUGGUGGAUUUCACAGGAGGAGUAUCUGAACCACUGAGCUUGGACAGAGAGAAACUGAGCCAACAUGGUGACCAAAGGAAGGCGCUGUUUCAGACGCUAGCCCAAGCACACUUCUGUAAAUCUCUCAUAACAUGCUCCAUACGGCCAGCAGAAGGCGAGCAGGUUGAGUCUGUGCUGGAAUGUGGUUUAGUGAAAGGCCAUGCAUAUGGUGUAACUGCACUUAAAAAGAUUCGUGCUGGGGAGAAUCUGCUGGCUGUUUGUGGAAAAUCCCGGCUCUACAUGAUACGCAUGAGGAACCCGUGGGGCACAGCGGACUGGACUGGAGCCUGGAGCCAGGGCUCGCAGCAAUGGCAGAAGGUGGGCCGCAGUGAGAGAGAGAAGAUGGGGCUGAUUGUCAGAGAUGUGGGAGAAUUUUGGAUGGAGUUUGAGGACUUCUGCCACCACUUCACAGAUAUGGUGGUGUGCAGGCUGGUGGAACGAUGCCUGUUCUGGCAUUGGGGUCACUGGAGCGAGACACGUUGUACUGGAGAGUGGAUUCAUGCUCCUCUAGACUCAACAAAACCAGCUGCUUCUCGAUCCUCCAACACUCAGAAGGUCUUCUCAAGUUCCCAAUGGUCUCUUCCAGAUACUUCCCUUAGAGGAGAUAGGAAAGAAGAAAGACUGAGUGAAAAGCAGCUGCAUAAAAGGAGGGAUCAAAGUGUGAAAGAGAAGAUAGCUAAAGGGGAACAUAAAGCUUGUCUAACACAAAGAGGAGAGAGGACAACAAAAGAGAAAGACAAUGAAUUAAAAAAAAAAGAGGAAGGCCUGGUGGAUGACAGUUGGGAGAGAAGGGUGGACAGGAGAAGUAGGUGUGGAGGAUGUAUUAACCACAGAGAGACAUUUCUUCAUAACCCUCAGUUCAUGUUCGAGUUGGGAAGAAAGGGGGAUGAGGUGCUCAUAUGCUUGCAGCAAGAGGAUAGAAGGAUGAAACGGAGGGAAGGAGGAGGUGAAAAUCUUCCAAUCGGCUUUGAGGUGCUGAGGGUCGAGGUGAACCGUGUGAGCAGAGUGCAGUGUUUUACUGAGCAGACAGCCAGUUCAGUCUACAUGGACUCACGUAGCAUUACCCUGCGUGUAACCCUUGACCCUGGACGCUAUGCCCUCUUACCCACCACCUUCCAGCCUGGGGUUACUGGCCGCUUCCUUCUCCGACUCUUCUCAAACACGCAUGUCAAACUCAGGGAGCUGAAGGAGGAGUUGCCUGCUUUCUCUCUGUGGCAGUGUUGUAUGCCUUAUCCAUGUGCUGUUGUGACAGUGCAACUGCAUAGAGCCUCCACACUCAGCAAGCCCAAACAUCCAGCCCCAGAUGUAUAUGCGGUCAUUAAGUGUGAGGGGGACUCUAUACGAACACGUGUCUUUAAAAAAGAUGGAAAUCCUGAAUUUAACACAAAAGCAAUUUUCUACAGGAGAAAACCUAAGAAGAAAAUCUGUAUAGAGGUGAGAUGUGUUGUCUUCAACAAUUUGCACAAGUAUCAAAGUGAUAUAGAAACUUUCAGCAAUGUGUAUAUGUGUGCAUCCAGAUAUGGGGAAGAGGUUUGCUAUUUGACUCCUUCCUGGGAAGAGCUCAUCUUCAAACAGGGGCCAGUGAACGAGGGCGGACCAGAGUGAUUGAGCUGCAAGGUGGUCAGUCUCGUGGCUGCCUCUAUGUAGAGACUUCCACCAGUCAAUGCCUGACAGACUUAUGACCUCCUCUGAAUUAUACAAUGGAACUGAGCUAUUAAUACAUUUUGAAAAUGCACUAGAAAAGCCAGCUUGGGACCAGAUUUCUGCAACAUUCUCUUUUACAGUCGAGUGUUGUCAUGCACUGCUUUUGAAAGGGCAGGAGACCUGCAGCUUUUGUUCAAUGGUAUUGCAGGUAUUGUUGUAUAAAUCUGUGUGCAUGGUGUCUGUUGUUGACUGUAGGACAGGAAUCUGAGUUUGAAUGGCCUUAAUCUAAUGGGAAAAUGAUAGCAAUUACAAAAGUCCUCACAAAAUAUAAUUCAUCAUUGGUGCUUCUGAAUAUCUCAUUAGUAAAAAGAAAGUCAAAGAGCACUUUCUAUUUUGUUUUAAGUUAGCAGUUUAUUAAAAGGUAAUAGUUAAAGUUUGCACACAGUUAUCUGCUGGUCAGAUAUUAAAAGCAAAUCUAAAAUUCACACGAGGACACUGUUGCUGCUGAAAAUGAAAUUCUUGAAACCAGUUCUCUGAAAACAUUUCAUAAUCAAUAGCCACCAAAUCCCUUUUUGUUAUCUAUUAUUUUUUUGACAAUUAAGUUGGCACCAUUUGUGUUUUCUCUGAAUAAAGGUAUGUGGCUUAUUCUGGGUAUUUGAAGAACCAGUUCCUCUUGAAGUGGUUGUGACAUAUAUACUAGUCAUACCGUACUUGGUACUUAUCUUUUGUACAAAUGAGAUACACACUAUAGACAGGGAAGUUUAAUUAGAAAGUC